AUGAAUGUGGUGUUGCUGGAGGACAACACUUAUGAGUGGAGUCGACCGUUUGUGCAGGCGGCCGUGGAGCUAGCCAUUAGAGAGGACAGGGAGGAGAACAUUAAGGCUGGUUUAAACUUCACGAUGACGGCCAACUACAGCGGGUUUGACACCACCAUCUACAACCGGCAGGGCUGUGGGAGCAGCAGCUGUGAGGGAGUGGCUAUACUCAAGAUUCUGCAUAAUGCUGGUCAUCUUGGAUGUGUCAUGCUCGGGCCGUCCUGCACUUAUGCCACCUUCCAGUUAGUCGAUGAUGAAAUUGGCCCGAGCCUGAGCAUUCCCGUCAUCUCUGCUGGGAGCUUCGGCCUCUCAUGUGACUAUAAGCCCAAACUGACUCGGAUUCUGCCUCCGGCACGCAAGAUCGUCGACUUCUUUCUCAACUUUAUGAAAGAAAUCUUGCCAUUUAAGACCAAGGAAUGGAAGCAGGUCUACGUCUACAAGAAGUUAAUCAACUAUACUGAGGACUGCUUCUGGUACAUCAACGCAAUGGAAGCAGCCAGUUUCAACUUUGCCGUAAACACAAGUAGGGAGAUGCUGCGUGGGGAGGACGAGUUGAAGAAGGCUUUUGAAUCUAAGAAAAGACACAGCAACAUUUUCAUCUUAUGUGGGAGGCCUGACGACGUUGUUUCAAUAAAGUCGAUGCUUGACAGCCCGAUUGAUGAGGACGUCAUGUUCAUUCUACUCGAUGUUUACAACCCUGACUAUUAUGUGAACACAACAUCCGGUAAGGCUAUGCAGGAUGUAGUAGUGCUCACUCUGCCACCGAGGAAGUACGACAAUGGAUCAAACUCAACAUAUAAUGACACGAUAAAUGACUAUGUGGCUGGGUAUCAUGACGGGGCUCUGCUGCUUGGCAAAGUGCUCAGAGAGAGGAUGCUCAAUAGGCGACUUUACAAGGGAAUACAUGACGUUCCUCUGAGUGACAACCCGUUUGGAAAUGUGUCGUUUGAAGGUAUGGCAGGACACUAUGAGCUCGAUGAGUACGGUGACAGAGAUGUUAACUUCUCCAUGAUUUACACAUCAGCAAUCACUGGAAAGUAUGAAACACUGUUGGUGUUCGACACAUCUCAAAAUAAAACCAUAGAGAUGGAAACAAACCCUGCCCUGUACUGGAGUGGAGGCCUGCCUUCUGAUGUGCCAAAAAGUUCAGCCUUUAGCACGCAGGAUAUCAUCGUGAUCGUUCUGAGUCUCAGUGUUGUCGUUGUGACAGUCAUCGCUCUCAUCUUCUACAGGCAGAACAGGAAAGAGCGUCUUCUGCAGAAAAGGUGGUCUCACAUCAACCCACAUCUGAUUGGUCCUCUGGAUGAGAAGGAGGUUUCUCUCAAGAUUGAUGAAGAUAAGAGGAAGGACAGCACAUUCUUCAAUCACAGAGGCCGCUAUGACAAGAAGCCUGUGAUCUUGAAAGAGCUGAAGCACACAGACGGAGACUUCACCGAGGACCAGAGGAUUGAGCUCAACACUCUGCUGCGCAUCGAUUACUACAACCUGACCAAGUUCUACGGCACGGUGAAGUUUGAGUACGGUGUGUUUGGGGUGUUUGAGCUCUGUCAGAGAGGCUCCCUCAGGUACAUUCUGAAUGACCGGAUCUCCUACCCCGAUGAAACCUUCAUGGACAUGGAGUUUAAGAUAUCAGUCAUGUACGACAUAGCAAAGGGCAUGUCAUAUCUCCACACCAGUAACAUUGAGGUCCACGGCCGCCUCAAGUCCACUAACUGUGUGGUCGACAACCGCAUGGUGGUCAAGAUCACUGACUUUGGCUGUCACACCAUCCUGAAGCCAGGCAGAGACGUGUGGACGGCCCCGGAGCAUCUUCGUAAAGGUGGGGUGUCUCAAAAAGGUGAUGUCUACAGCUAUGCCAUCAUUGCUCAUGAGAUCGUCAUGAGGAAAAUCCCAUUCUACACACAGCACUGCUCUGAUCCUACAGAGAAGAUCCACAGAGUGCAGUAUCCCAGUCGGAUGAGCUUCUUCAGACCUGACCUUAACUUUGACGGCGCUUCAGAGAGAGAGAUCGAGCUGUGCAUGCUGAUAAAAAGCUGCUGGGAUGAAGACCCAGAACGAAGGCCAGAUUUUAGGAGAAUAGAGUUAACUCUGGGUAAGAUUUUCAGUAACCUGCACAACCAGGCCAGUGAGACGUAUAUGGACAACCUGAUCCGCCGCCUGCAGAUGUACUCCAGGACUCUGGAGCACCUGGUGGAGGACAGAACCGCUUUGUAUAAAGCUGAGAGGGACAGAGCUGAUCAACUCAACUUUAUGCUGCUUCCUGGCCCUGUGGUGCGUUCAUUGAAGGAAACAGGCAAAGUGAAACCGGAGCUGUUUGAGGAGGUGACCAUCUAUUUCAGUGACAUUGUGGGAUUCACCACCCUCUGCCACUACAGCACCCCCAUGGAGGUGGUCAACAUGCUCAACAACAUCUACAAGAACUUUGACAGCAUCCUCGACCACCAUGAUGUCUACAAGGUUGAGACAAUAGGAGAUGCGUACAUGGUUGCAUCAGGUUUGCCCAAACGCAACGGCAACAGGCAUGCAGUGGACAUCGCCCACAUGGCCCUGGACAUCUUGGCAUUUGUUGGGACUUUUGAGUUGCAGCACCUGCCUGGCAUCCCUCUGUGGAUCCGUAUUGGUGUGCAUUCAGGGCCGUGUGCAGCAGGAGUGGUGGGGAAUAAAAUGCCUCGCUACUGUCUUUUUGGAGAUACAGUCAACACUGCAUCACGCAUGGAGUCCACGGGCCUGCCUCUAAGAAUUCAUGCCAGCCAGUCCACCAUCAACAUCCUGCAGAGGACAGACUGCAUGUUUGAGUAUGAACAAAGAGGAGAGACGUACCUGAAGGGUAAAGGCAAAGAGAUGACAUACUGGUUAACAGGAGUGACUGGGGGAAAAUACAACCUGCCGACACCACCAACAGCGGAGAACUUCCAGCGGCUUCAGCAGGACCUGGCAGAGAUGAUUGUGUCCAGUCUGGAGAACCGUGGAGUCGGGUGGGAGGGCUUCAAAAAGAGGAAGACCCUGUCCACCAAAGUCCGUCGUAGGGAGACCAACAGCAGCUUGCAGGGGGACAACUUGCCAGAGUACUUCCACCUGGCUGUCACUGACAACCCAGGUACCUACUUGUGAUGAGAGCAGGUUUCUGUACAAUACCAGCCAGGAAGUAGAUGUUGCGUCAUAGCCUGUAUCUGUCUGAAUCAGAACUGCUGGGUUUCUUUGAGUGACAGUGGAGCAGCGGUGGAACAAGCAAUGAUAGACAAGCAUGCCACAGGGUCUCAGUCCCCCCCCCCUCAAAACCCAUUUCUAUGCCACAUAAAAGUACAGUUUAUUAGUCAGAGUUUAUAUUAAAGCGAAAUAUCCACCCAUAGAUACAUAUUAUAUAAUACUGAAGAUGUUGAGAUGUUGUUAUGCUAUAAUGCUACUGAAGGCUUUUAUUUUAAGUGGCAACUUCUGGGCUUGAAAUGUGAAGCCAAAGCAGAAGUGCCUUACAACCUGCAUUCUCUCUAAUGGCCAGCAGGGGACGACUCCACUGGUUGAAAAAAGAAGUCCAGUUGUAUGAAAGUCAAAAGGAAAUGAUCCUACUUCUUAUUUAAUUUAUUACCUCACUAAACAUUUUGCGAAUGAGUUUGUGGUCUCAAUCGCUAGUUCUUGAAUACAGAAUGAUGUUUAUUUUUUGAAUGUUGGUUUGGAGUAAAAAAGAUGAUAAACCAGGGUUAUGCUUUAGGGCGGGGCUACCUUGUGAUUGAGAGGUCAUUACCAUGGUGACCUGUGUGCAUUCGUCUUGGAACUUUGACCCUUUCAGUGUGUUUUCAGUUUAUCAAAGUUCAUUAUAACAUUAAGUUUGCAUUAAAAAUGUCCAGUUCAGUGUUCAGUUGGACUCAAAGGAGUCAGGCGUUCAUUUUGAAUAAUUGUAGCGUUAGUGUUUCCUGAUAACAUUGUGGCUCCUGAUCCAAUCUGUACAUGCACAUGUUGCAAAAAAACGGCAGAAUGGCGACAGCCAAAAUCCAAGAUGGCGAUGGAUUUAAAAGCAAAUGAGUGAUGUCAGGAUGAUUGUUUUUAUAUAGUCUAUGUUGUUUGUUUGAUGAAAAAUAAGAUAUCUAAUGAAGUACUCUUUUGGUACUGGUAUCAAAAUUUUUCAAACGAUACCAGCCCUAAUUUUCCACACAUUUUUUUAGGAACCUCGCUGUGACUGUCAUACUCUACAUUUGCCCUGUUAGGUAAACUGGCCUAAACAGUAGCAGACACAAAGAAAGAUCUCAUAUCUAUCCACAAAUAAUGGCUAUACAUUUUAGCUGGAUUUUUCUUUCGUAUUGUUUCAAAUAAAAUGCCUCUUUUGUCAUUUUUUAUCAUACAAACUUUGCCUUCUGCCCCUGUGGACAAAGAUUACCUACAUUGGCUCAACUACAUUGUUUUAUAGUGAGCGCUCCUUUGAGAAUGGUUUAAAAAAACAUGGUCAGUUCUCUCCAAGAGGAAUCUAAAUAAUAUUUAAUGUCCUCUUCUUGACUUUAUUUUUUGAACAGUUCUCCGUUUAAGAUGUUGCCUGCAGGAAGCUCAUUGAUUGAGAAAGUUUAGCAAAAUUAUUUACCAUGUAAAUAACCUUUUCUGCUGCAGAGACAGUGAAACUAUACCCAAAGAGUACUUGUCAUAUUAUAGCGGAGAUCUGAGAAUAUUUCUCUUUCACAGCACAACAAUGCUACCUUGUAUUCAGAACAUCAGAAAUAUUUCUGUAAUCAUUUUGUUUUUGUGUUUUAUUAAAUGAUGUUUGCAAUAUGGCACAGGAUUCAGAGCAGUU